UACGGCGCUGUCGUAAUUAAGCAAGCAACAAGCCAGCCGGAAAUAGAAACUUCGAUGGUGCUUUACGCCGGAAGUUCUGAGGAGUCGUGUUGUUUACGGAGGAGUUUGGGCCCUGGUUUGUUUGCUUUUGUGGUUGAGCGCUGCGUCUUUGUCUUCUGCAGGAUGGACCGGAAAAAGAAGCCGUUGGAUGUGACGGUUGCCUCGCUGGUAGACUUGAAAGCUGAACUCUUCCGAAAACAAGAAGAGUUCAAAAAAGAAAAACUUCUGAAAGAUGCUGGAAUCCCUGUAAAACCCAAAGCAACAAACAAGAAACCAAGCAUUUGGAUUAAGCAGAACGAAGGUGUUUCAGAUCGUGCCGAGAAAGAUGCUGAGCAGAAGAUAGAAGAGCAACAGACAUUGGAUAAAGCAAGACAGAAACUAGAAGAAAAAGCAAAACUCUAUGAAAAGAUGACAAAAGGCGACUUCCCAGAUGAAGAAACUGAAGAUCUGUACCUUGUGGAUUUCACUCAGAAAAUCAUAGACAAACAGCGAGAAGUACAAGAGCUGUGUGCAAAUGAAGCGAUUAGAAAAGCAGCAGAGAAGGAGAAUGAAGAAGAAGAAGAGAGAGUCUCAGGAAUGGAAAUUCCACCUCCUCAGGACCCUAGUGAAGAAUGGGUUGACUAUGUGGAUUCCUUAGGCCGAUCUAGGCGCUGCUUGAAGAAGGAUUUGCCACAUCUACUCCAAAUGGAUAAAGAGCUUCAAGGGAAGAGACAAAUGACUGAAGAGAAGACUCUGUUGUCUGAGGAUAUGAGAAGGGAACUUCAGCGUCAGCAGUGGGAAAGAGAGGAAGAAGAAGCCCUAAAGAAACCUAUGGGGCCAAUACAUUAUGAAGACAUUCGGGAAAAUGAGGCCAGACAGCUUGGUGUUGGUUAUUUUGCCUUUGCCCGUGAUCAAGCUUUGAGGAGGAAACAAAUGGAAACUUUAGAAAUGCUGAGAGAGCAGACUACAGACCAAAGAACAAAACGUGAACACUUAAAGGAGAAACGCAAGGCUGUUCUGGAGGCUAGGCUGACUAAGCUUCGAGCAAAAAAGCGAUUGCAAGAUGGAGACACAAUGGAAAAUGAAGUGAAAGAAGAGCCAGUACCAGUUGAAUCCAAACCCACUGAAGUACCAAGAGUUUCUACAGAAAGUAGAAAAGUGGAGGUUGUCAUCCAGGAACGAAAAGAUACAAAGCCUGGAGUGCCAUAUGUUCGAGAGUGGGAUAAAGGCAAAGAAUUCACUUUUGGACUUUGGUCAAAGAAGCAGUCUGAUCUCAGGAAUGAGCGUGAUCCAGAAUUUGCACCUCCUUCCAGUUACUACAUGGGUCAAAGAAAAGUUUGUGACUUCAAGGGCCAGAGUUGGAACAAAUCUGGAUCUUCAUAUAAAAAAAUGGAACAUAACUUGACAAGCAACCUGCCAUCCUCAUCAGCUGAAGUUCACAGUAGCAAUUCAGAGAGCUAUGGACUCCCGCCCGGUCAGGCAUGUGAUAGUGGCUUGCAAAAUCAGCAGCCAGUUUACCAAAGUUUAGAUGAUAUGCUGUCAUACUACAAACAAGUAACAUGAGCUUUUAGAUGCUGUAAGCAAAGUUGAUAGCAUACACUCUUCCUGGUCACUGACCGUAAUAAAAGAUAGCAUACACCUGAAGUAGAAAA